UUGAUUUUAAAUCCUCCAUAUCAUAAGCAUUAUGAGGUCUGCCUAGAUGAAUUCUUUGUUGAAGCAUGGAGUUCAAAUUAUAGUAUCCCUGAUAGCUUUUUUGAACAGUUUACCUUUUUGCUUGAUUAGUUCGGUACUUUGUAGAAUCUGGGCGUACACUUUUUUUGAAGUUCAGGAAUAGAAAGAGAGGAAAUGUAUCAUUUGCCAUUUGAAAUUAAAUAUAUAGAUAAGAUUACAACUAAAUGACCAGCAAGUGUAGGGAACAAAUAAGACCUCUAAUCCCAGAUGAAGAGGUUCAGUGCAAGAAAAUUUGCGAAGCAAACUUGCAAUGGGAGGUAAACAAAAUUUACGUCUUCUGAUAUGGAAUCACACAAAAACCAGCAAAAUAUUUUCUCAGAAGUAUUUAACAUUAAUGAAUGAGAAGGGGGCCUACAUCUCUUAGUAGGGGUGGACCUAGUAUGCAAUGAGUUCUAUGAAUUGGUUACUUGACAAAGCCUUGAUAUUAUCAUUUGUAUAGCUAAUAUUGUAGUAUUUGUUUUUGCCUCAUAAGAACAUCACGUAUCUCAUUGGUUAGUGCAGUGUCGGUUUUGUCCUAGUACUUGAGAUUAUGAGCUACUGAUUUUGUUUUUUUUUUUUAUUAUUUCACCUGUUAUUAAUUUCUCACAUUAUUAACAUUUGAUGGAUUUGGAACUUUGCCAAACAACCAUAUAGAAAGUGGUUGUGCAGUAUUGUUUCUUUCAAUUCCUAGCAAUAGUUCGAAUUCUUGGUGCUUUAGUAAAUCGAAUUAGGGAUGUUAUACUAGUUAAAUAUUCAAGGAAAUAAAAAGUUUAGAUUCAUCUAAAUGUUAUUUUCUUGGAAUGCACUUCUAUUUUUGGUGUUUGGGAUGAUGGGUUCAAGAGUCUUGUUAUUUCAAUUCUGCUGCAUUAUUUUAAUCCUAAGCUAACCACUUUCAUGUAUUUUAGUUGAGGUUUUUUUUCUUUCCACUUUACCUUGGGGAGGGAUCUGUUAGAAGAGUAAAAGAAGAAAAAAAAACUACUCGAGGGUUUAUCUUGAAGGGAAGAAAUCGUCAUAAGAAGGUUCAGGAAUAUUUUUGCAGGUUUGGCGUAGGAAGUUUAACAUCAGACACAAAUGUUUUGUUGCACAAAGGUUGCAUUGUAUACAUGUCUCCCCAAAACAAGGUUCUUCCUCAGGCUCUUCCAUGGCCUCCCUCCUCAGGUUCGCCGUUUUUCAACUCAGGAACAAUUCCUCUAUGGAAGGUUCAAUCUCGGUCAUGAUCCCUUUGCUCAGCUUUCUUACAUGGAACUCUCCCAAAAAUUCUUUGAGGCCAUGAAAGCUUGUACUUUUCUUGGAUCAACAUCCAUUGCAUCAAAGCUUCAUGGCCAACUCAUCUCCACUGGUUUGUGUUCCUCUGUUUUCCUCCAAAACCAUCUCUUACAUAUGUACUCAAAAUGUGGAUUAAUAAGUGAGGCUCUUCGGAUUUUCUUUGAUAGCGAGCAUCGCAAUGUCAUUACUUGGAACACGAUUCUUAAUGGGUUGUUGGAUUCUGGUCGAGUAAGGGAAGCAGAAAAGAUGUUUGGUGAAAUGCCCCUUAGAGAUGCUGUUUCUUGGACUGCAAUGAUGUCGGGCUACUUCCGUAACGGUCAAGCGGUGGAUACUAUUAAGCUUUUUGUUUCAAUGUUUCGGGAUUCAGAUUGUGUUCCUGACUUGUUUUCUUUCUCUUGUGCAAUGAAGGCUUGUAGUAGUGUUGGUUAUUUACGGAUAGCUCUUCAGUUGCACGGUCUCUCAGUGAAAUAUGGCAUUGGAAACAACGAAGCCAUCCAAAAUUCUGUCAUUGAUAUGUAUGUAAAGUGUGGUGCUAUUUAUGCUGCUGAGCAGGUCUUUCUAAGGAUUGAAAAGCCAAGCUUAUUUAGUUGGAAUAGUAUGAUCUAUGGUUACUCUAAAUUACACGAGAUGGGACGAGCACUUGACACUUUCAUGAAAAUGCCUGAACACGAUUCCGUCUCUUGGAACACAAUCAUUUCAGCAUUUUCUCAACAUGGCCUGCACACACGGAGUCUUAGUACGUUUGUUGAGAUGUGGAUUCAUGAUUGUCAACCAAAUUCAAUGACAUAUGCAAGCGUUCUUAGUGCAUGUGCCAAUAUCUAUGAUUUUCAAUGGGGUAAACAUUUGCAUGCCCGAAUUGUGCGCAUCGAACCCUUUUUAGAUGUUUUGGUGGGCAAUGGGUUGGUAGAUAUGUAUGCAAAAUGUGGGCUCAUCGAAGCUUCAAAAAGGGUAUUUAACUCGUUAACCGAACGCAAUGUAGUAACCUGGACUUCACUAAUAAGUGGAAUUGCACAGUUUGGUAGUCAAGAAGAAGUUUAUGAUAUUUUUUAUCGAAUGAGAGAAGAUUGUGUUAUUAUGGAUGACUUUAUUCUUGCAACCAUUCUUGGUGUAUGUGAAGGAGAAGAAAAUAUUUCAAUUGGGGAGCAAUUACAUGGAUUUGCGGUGAAGACUGGGAUGGAUUCAUCUUUGCCUGUAGGCAAUGCUACUUUGACAAUGUAUGCAAAAUGUGGAGAUGUUGAGAAGGCAAGUCUUGCUUUUGAAACAAUGGCUGCUAGAGAUGUUAUUUCAUGGACAACAAUGAUCACUUCAUUCACUCGCAAUGGCAAUGUAGAAAGAGCACAGGAUUAUUUUGACCGAAUGCCGGAGCGUAAUGUCGUAAGUUGGAAUUCAAUGUUAAGUGCAUAUUUCCAGAACGGUUUUUGGGAAGAAGGUUUAAAAUUAUACAUUUGUAUGCUAAGACAAGAAGUUAGGCCCGAUUGGGUCACCUUUGUUACCACGAUUAGUUCUUGUUCGGAGUUAGCAAUUUCAAAACUUGGAACACAAAUAAUAUCCCAAGCAGUAAGAGUAGGGCUUGGUUCUGAUGUUUCAGUUGCUAACAGUGCAAUUACCUUGUAUUCUAGAUGUGGUAAAAUUGAAGAUGCGCAUAAAGUUUUUGACUCAAUACGAGAGAAGAACUUGAUAUCUUGGAACUCAAUUAUGGGAGGAUAUGCUCAAAAUGGUCAAGGCAGGAAGGUGAUUGAACUGUUUCAGAACAUGUUGAUGGUUGGUUGCAAACCUGAUCAUAUCACCUUUGUAGCAAUUCUCUCAGGUUGCAGCCAUUCAGGCCUUGUGAAAGAAGCAAAACAUUACUUUAACUCCAUGACUAAAGAUUUUGGCAUCUCUGCAACUCCCGAGCACUUUGCGUGUAUGGUAGAUUUAUUUGGUCGAGCUGGGUUACUAAAGUCAGCCAUGGAUCUGAUUGAUCAAAUGCCAUUUAAGCCAAAUGUCACCAUAUGGGGCACUCUACUCAGCGCUUGUAGGAUCCACCAUGACACCGAAAUGGCAGAGGUGGCAAUGAAGAACUUGCUAGAAUUGAACGCUGAACACUCUGAAAGUUACAUUCUGCUAGCAAAUGUCUACUCCAGCUCUGGAAAGUUGGAAUGUGUUUCUGAUGUGAGACAAUUGAUGAGAGAGAAAGGAGUACAGAAAGAUCCUGGUUGCAGCUGGAUAGAGGUGAGCAAUAGGGUCCAUGUCUUCACUGUCAAUGACACAAACCAUCCACAAAUCAAGGAUAUUUAUAAGGCAUUGGAAGACAUUGUUAAGAAGAUCAAAGAUGAUUAUGGUUAUGUUGAUGCGUCAGGUUCGAUUGGCUAUCAUAGUGAGAAGCUUGCUAUUGCCUUUGGUUUGAUUAGCUUGCCUGAUUGGAUGCCAAUCCAUGUGAUGAAGAACCUUCGAGUUUGCAACGAUUGUCACCAGGUGAUGAAAUUGAUUUCUCUUGUUUCCAUGAGAAAACUUGUUGUGCGCGAUGGGCACCGAUUUCAUCACUUGGAGAAUGGGAGUUGCUCUUGUGGAGAUUACUGGUAGUCAUAAACUUGAAUUCUGAUGCUUUGAUUUAAGAAAGGAUAGGAAGAAGCUUAGCACAUUACUGAACUCAUCUCCCCCAGUGAUUGUGAAAGGGAUGAAGUGAGGGUGUGCAUCCAGUGAUGUGAUUCAACUUGCUGGCUUUAUCAUGUCUUGAGUUUACGUGACUCUAAACGAAUCGAUUAAAGAUGCAGGGACAUUAGAGAUUGAAAGGAUGUUGCUAUUGCUUAUGCGUUCAAUAACAUUCCAAAGAGAAAACUAGCGUCUUUGCAACUCAUUGGAGCAGAGCCCUCCAACAAGGAGGUGUAUUGCAGGCAAGCUUUGAUACAUAAGCCAUAACGUGUGCUGAACCUGCAUGCAUAUUGUGUCAACAAGGUAUGCCAAUUUGUUCAUUCUCCUACUGUUCUGCAUUGGAGGGUUAUGAAGCGUAUUCUUUGCUGUUUACAAGGGAUUCAAAUGUUUUGGUUUGUUAUUAUCUAGACGUAGUGAUUUUUAUAAGGGCAUUCUUUGCUGAACAAUGCUUAGAUUUUGCAAAAGCAAGCAUUUGCAAAAGCUAGAGUUCCUUUUAGGAUUCUUGCAAAAUUUCAUAAUAAAGUUAAUUUAACGAAUGCUUCCAAUUAAGAGCUAGUUAGAAAGAUUAAUAACUCUUAGAUCGUACAUAGAAUCUAUGAUGGUCAUUUUUAGAUCCCAAGACGGCUCACUUCAGAAUUAGAUUGAUCAAGACUAAUCUAAUGAAUCGAUUAUACUUCAAACCUAAAGCAAGGUUUGAAAAAGAAAGUAACACUCAGUAGGAUUUCAAAACAACACAUGAUUUUUAAACUGAAUAUUACAUGCCUUCAAAUAAGCCAAAAAGAUAAUCCAAACUAUCAACUACAAACUACCAAUAAAAACUAUUAAAUAAAAAUGGAAGAAAACAACACAUCGCAUAAAUAGUCUUAAAUGUUAGUUCAACUACCAAAGAUAAAAAGUCUUCAAAUCACUUUCCAAUGUCAACAGGUAUUUAUUGCCACUCCAUUAUUUUUUUGAUUUGAUAUUUAAAUCUUCUUUGCCUUGGUUCUUGUAAUUGCUUCUUUGGGUACAUGUAAUUGAUUAGUGGUUGGAUUCAUAUCAAGCGUAUUCUUUUCUAUUUAUAAGGGACUCAGUGUUUUGGUUUGUUAUCAUCUAGACGUAGUGAUUUUUAAGGGCAUUCUUUGCUGAUGCGGAUUGGGGCACGGAUCGAAGUGAUGGAAAAUGGUUUAUUUUUGGCAGGAAUAGGGUAAGAUGGAGCUCAAAGAAACAACAAAUUAUAUCAAGAUCAAGUAUGGAAGCGAAGUUCAGAUGUCUUGCGAAUGCAGCCACCAACCUUUUGGAUUCGAGCCUUCUUACGUUUAACUCAGAGUUUCUUGCCCAUCUCUCUGCGACAAACUUCGAGUUCGUGUUCAAGUCGGUGCUAAAUCCUAUUCGCCCCUCGCAACCCAAAUAUGUAUCUAAGAUUCGACUUUCUAAAACUCUAGGUUGAUUCAAUGUGUUACCUAGUGUUUGUUGAUGACAUUCUUAAAAUGGAAAAUGAAAGAAAACAUGCAAGUUUCGAAUUCA